GACAGAAGGGUCAGCAUGGUCCUUCAGAGGCUGGCUGAGAGGACCUUGGCCCUGCCUGACAAAAAUCCAGGUCUUCUGGAGGAUUUUUAUUUCCCAGAGGAUGGGCGGACGGCUCUGACUGGGCACUGCUGGAGAGGAGAACAAAACGUGAACAGCCCAAGCUGUGUAGUUGCUGCGCGCUCCCCUCCAUGUCUUUCCUCAGCCAUAUCUGCGUCCACAUCUCUGGAGCUGGCACUGAAGUCUUUGGGAAAUGAGGGGCUGUUUCUCUUUUCUUCUCUGGACACGAACAACGAUCUGUACCUCAGUCCAGAAGAGUUCAAGCCAAUAGCUGAGAAGCUGACGGGGGUUGCUCCCAUCUCAGAAUUUGAAGAGGAGGAGACGCCUGAUCCAAGCGGGGAGACGUUGUCCGUUGUGGCUAAAUUCCAGCCUUUGGUCAUGGAAACGAUGACGAAGAGCAAAGAUGGUUUCUUGGGAAUUUCUCAUGUUGCUCUGUCUGGGCUGAGGAAUUGGACUGCCCCAGCAGCCCCUCUGAGUGUGAUGCUUGCCAGACAGUUUAAAGCCUUUCUUCCUCCAAAGAAUAAACUGGAUCUUGGGGAUCCAUGGUGGAUAAUUCCUAGUGAACUGAACAUCUUCACUGGGUAUCUUUCCAACAACAGAUUUUACCCUCCGCCUCCCAAGGGCAAAGAGAUCAUAAUCCACAGGCUUUUGAGCAUGUUCCACCCACGCCCCUUCAUAAAAACCCGCUUUGCUCCCCAAGGAGCUGUGGCCUGCAUCCAAGCUAUCAGCACCUUCUACUACACCAUAGCGUUCAGGAUUCACGCUGAGUUCCAGCUGAAUGAGCCACCAGACUUCCCCUUCUGGUUUUCCCCAGGCCAGUUCACAGGUCACAUCAUUCUCUCCAAGGAUUCUUCCCACGUCCGAGAGUUUAAGCUCUUUGUCCCUAACAACAGGUCUCUGAACGUUGAUAUGGAGUGGCUGUAUGGGGCGAGUGAAAGCAGCAACAUGGAAGUGGAUAUCGGUUACCUGCCUCAGAUGGAGCUGGAAUCAACAGGGCCUUCAAUCCCUUCUGUGAUCCAUGACGAGAACGGAAAUGUGAUUGACAGCAGGGAUCCCUCAGGGGAGCCCAUUCAGUUUGUGUUUGAAGAGAUAACCUGGCAGCAGAAAAUCCCCUGGGAAGAGGCAGCCCAGAAGCUGGAAGUGGCCAUGUAUCCAUUUAAGAAGGUCUCCUAUCUUCCCUUCACAGAAGCUUUCGAGAGAGCAAAAGCAGAAAAGAAGCUGGUGCACUCGAUCCUGCUGUGGGGUGCCCUGGACGACCAGUCCUGCUGAGGUUCGGGGCGAACUCUCCGGGAGACUGUCCUGGAAAGUUCGCCCAUCCUCGCCCUGCUCAACGAGAGCUUCAUUAGCAGCUGGUCCCUGGUGAAGGAGCUCGAAGAGCUGCAGGCCAACAGAGAGAAUGAGUUCUACAGCAAGCUGGCUGACCUGCACCUGGAGAAAUACAACUUCCCUGUGGAGAUGAUCAUCUGCCUCCCCAACGGCACGGUGGUUCACCAUAUCAAUGCCAACUACUUCCUGGACAUUACUUCUAUGAAGCCUGAAGAUGUUGAAAGUAGCAUGUUUAGUUUCUCAACCAAUUUUGAAGACCCUUCUACUGCAACUUACCUCCAGUUCUUGAAGGAAGGACUGCAAAGAGCAAAACCAUACAUGCAGACCUAAAGACAAAGGCACCUCUGAAUGCCCCACAGAGAUGGCCAAAGACUUGAGAGAUCUAUUUUGAUUACAGCAAUUCUUCCUCAUCUUCACGGCAGGUGCUAAGACGCAGACAGCCCCUGGAGCGGGGCUUUGCUCUGGAUGUUGGCUUCAGCCCGAGUUUCAAGUGAUACCAGUUUACAUAACCUGCCCUUUUGAGUUCAGGCAAAUUUUUACAGGAGUGAAAAUACUUGAAUCUAUAAACACUCUCGGUGCGUACACCUUGGUUUGCCGCUCGCCCUCGUGUUUUUGCAGCACCUGCUCAGACUCUGUGCUGAAACUCUUGUAACAGCUGUGCCAAGCGUCACCCGGAAACCCCCGACCUCCAGGACCAGACUGUGUGUUGAAUCACGGGGAACAGCGUUGCCGUUAACGACCGAUCACUGGUGGCGAGCGCUUGUGCCCUGCGGGCGAAGGCGCAGGAUCCAGCGCAGGGUGGAACCUCCCUCCUGGUAGCCGGCGUCCUCCACACCUCCUCGCCGGCGGCAGCCCCGAGCUGUAAGCUGCCCUGUGGCUUGGAUGCCAGCUCUUCACGAUGGCAUUUACUGACAGCAGUGGCGUAACGGGACUGUGGCUGGUGAUGCGUAGGCAUGAACGUAGGGGGUUGGAACUGGAGGCUUGAGCUCUGGAGCAGCCUCCUCCCAGCACCCUGUGUGACACAGUGGGGGAGCCGUCUCACUUACUCAGGUUCUUUGCAUCUGAGGGAGGUGCUGAGGUUGAGACAGUGAAAUUAGGAAUGGAGACGAGGGCAUUAGAGAUCUGGUGCAGCUCGGAGACAUCAGGUGUGGAUUAACUUGGGGGGAUUAGAGGCCAGAGCCCCCAUUAGUCCCACCAGUGCAGUAUGGGUGCUCCAGGCUACGGAGCAGUGCCCCCACCCCAUUCAGCCCAGGGCUGCUCCCACCCCACCACCUUUGAGAGCUCUUGUUCUCCCACUGUCUCCUCCAUCCUUGUUUGCUUUGAGCUUCCAAGUCACGCUGAAUGAUGAACCACGACAAAGUCCCCUUUGGGAACGGGAGGUUCAGCGUUGCCCUGAGAGCAUGAACUCAUUGAGAACUGAGCAGUUUUAAAAGCCAGACAGAAGUGUUCAGAUUUUUCCAGAAAAAUUACUCAGACAGAAAGCCGUUGUCCCUCAUAGGGAACCACCCUGAGCGCUUGCUCCUACUCUGUACCAAUGCCUGGCUACAGAGUGAGUGCGGUUUGGAGAAGGAAAGGUCAAAUGAAACAGGGUUUAAAGCACGUUCCUUUAGAUAAGUGAGGAGACAAAGCAUCUUCAAUAGACGGCUGCAAACAGCCAUGGCUGUUGAUGCUUUUUCUGCUCUCUGAAGCACAAUUUUGUGGGACCAAAUCAAACAGGGAGAAAAGCUGUAUUUUUUGGAAAGGAUAUUUUCAUUCCUGGGCUCCAGGCCCUGGGAAGAACCCGAGAGUCGUGCUUACCCUGUCCCCACCCUGCCCCAGCCCUCCUGCCUUUGUCCGUGGCUGGAGAUGGAGCUUAGGUGGACCCCUGGGCUGAACCAGUGUAGCUUCACUAAUUGCUCUAGUGAGAUUAAUUACCCCUGGGAUGUUUCUCGGUAUCGGCUCUAUACCUAUGCAUUAACUGUGCACUUUUCUCACACUCCAAGGGGCCUGUGGUAAGGACAGGCUUGGAUCUGGCAGCGCUUUCAGCUGCAGAAAGUGCCGAGGCCUCCAGGCACUUGGAGACCGAGCUCCUGUCACAGUUGGUCUUAUUCCUCCGGGGGCUUUGGCCCGAGCGGGGCGCGGCAGUGAGACCGAGUGCCUGCUUCCCCGGCUCCUCGGGAGGCACAGCGGUAGCGCCCAUCUGCCCUUCUGGCUUUUACAAAGCCUCUUCACAUGAGGUAUUUUUGUUGCACCUUUCCUGAGCCCCUUGGGCUUCGGACUUCCAAGUGGUGUCCGUCAGGUGUGCUCGGGUGGAGAGUUCAUUCCAUUUCUCUUCCUCCCCACCAGUUUUGCAGCAGAAGGGGACGGAGAGGGCAGCGGCUCAGCAGGCAGGGCUUGCUUUUGUCUUUCAAGGCUUGUUAGAGCAGGCACAGCAGCGGUUCUGCAGGGCCAGGGGGGAGCCCCUCUCCCUUGUGCUGUGCUGAGCGUGGGAGUUGCAAGGGGCAGCACCGCUCGUUUGAUCCUGCAGAUGCAGAACUCCCUGGCAGAGACGGCACCUGCAAUAGUCCCACGCACACAAGCCAGGCCCGUGCCUGAACCCGUGGCCAGCCCGGGCUUGCACCGAGCCUCCCGGAUCCCUGCCAGUACCUCGGUUUUUCUGUGGUGAACACCUGGGCUCUGGCAGUGCUGCCUCGAGCCGCCCCUGAGCCCUCCUGGGCUGUUUGAGCCGGGGGUGAAGGGGGUUGCUGGGGGCAGAAGGAGCCCCGGCAGCCACCCCCGGGCUGGGGGGACCCGGGGGGAACUCGGCAGCGUCCCCCCGUUAACCCACUAACUGCAAACCUGCCAAGUCCCUCCGUCGCCGCCCGUUCGGCGGGCUGGGGACGCAACCCGUUCCCUGAGGCUUUUAUUAGUAGGUGCCACGCUUUUUGUCUCCUUUUUGUAAACUUACUAAGUUUUUUCCCGAUACGUUUGCGAUACGCGGGUGGGAGGGGGCGCUGCUCCUCCCCACCUCCUCUGCUUUGUGACGCCCUGGCCCGAAACCGGCGGCGGGUCGGAGCCGAUGUGUGUCAGCGGGGGUCGGGGGGCGCAGCCCCGCGCGGUUCGGGGCCGCUUGUCGCGACGGGACCCCUUUGGGCCCGGCUGUAGCUGCACUCGUUAAACCCAUCCCACCACG